CAUAAAGUCGAUUUUUGGAAACAUCAUGUCCGGCUCUUGUUUCAUUCUAGUCAGCAGCAAUUCCUUUUUUUUUCAUGCACUCAUGCACUUAAAUUUGCACGUAAAACUACUUUUGCUUUAACCACAAAUUCACCUUAUAUCAAGGAGUCGUUUGGAAGUUGUGAUUGUUAAAGUUGUGUUUGUUGAAUACAUGUAUUGUGCACAAUACAAUGUUUGGAAGUGUCAAAGUGUAAAACAAGGUCCCACCAACAAUCACAAAAAAUGAUGCAUUAUACAAUCUCAACUAAAAGUUGAGAUUGUUGUGAUUGUUGGUUUUAGAAACUUUUUCUUUCCAUUUAUAUCCCUAAUAGUUUUUUGUCUUAUUCUAAAAGUUGAGGAUAAAUGUGAGAUUUCCCCAUAAAAAUAACUUUAUGUAAAUCAAUGCAUAAAGUAGAAUCUCAACAACCAAACAAUGUAUUGUUAAAAUGCACCAAUUGUAUCAAUACAUGCAUUUAUAUUAUGGUGAUUCAUUACAAUGCAACGAUUUAACAUUCACAACUUCCAAACGACCCCUAAGAGAAUGGGCAGAAUUUUGCUUUAAUCACAGAUUCAGAGAGUGUAGGGAAAAGAAAGGUAGUGAGAGGCAAGGUAGCAGGGAGCUUGAAAGUGAAUAGGAGGAGGGUGGGUAUUACGGGUAAGCUUGGAAGUGAAUAGGAGGAAGGAGGGUAGUACGGGUACCCCGUAAUACCCAAACAGGUAUUAAUGGGUAACCCACAGGUACCCAUUGUAGAAUUUGUUGAUCCCAAGUCCCAUUUCAUAAAAAAAUACGGGUACUUGAGUAUCCGUAACCCUAAAAAAAUAGGAUGGGUAUGGGUAUACCCAACUAGCCGUUGCCCACCCCUACAGACUAAAUGCCCAGGAUGUGGGCAUCCACCACUGAAUGGGGUGCAAAUAUCUAUCCCGUGGCUCGUUGAUCACAUCCAGAAUGAGGUUCAGCUCGGCCCAAACACACCAGAAGAUCAAGUGGAGCGGUAUGCACACGUCUACCUCAUUGGCUUGGUUGGUGUAUUUUUAUUCCUUAACAAGGCAAACAAGUGGAUACAUGGCAUGCGGUUGUUGUUGCUCCUCGGUGACAGGGAUAUGAUCGGAAGUAAGAGUUGGGGGUCGGCAGUGGUAGCUGGGAUAUAUAGGGAGCUCUGUACUUGGUCGAAGCUGGGAGCGAAACAAGCUGGUGGUGCGAUGUUCAUCCUCCAGCUCUGGGCAUGGAAGCAUCUUUCGAUGUUCGCACCUCGAGACGCGGGAAUUAUAGGCACAAAAUGAGGAGCUACGCUUUGUCCAAAAUCCCCCUAUGGUGUGAAGUAAGUUUACUUUACUUUUAACUUUGUAUUAUUUAGUUAAAUUACUUAGAUUUAUUAAAGCUAAUUUUUUUUUACUUGUUUGGCUUUAUUUAAUUAAGAUUUAUUUCAUGUCUAGCUUUAUUUAAUUGAGAUUUAUUUCAUGCUUAGUUUAUUACAUAAAUUGAUUAGAUGCUUUAGAAAUUCGUACAUGCUUUAAAAACUUCUUAUAUGCGUACUUUUAUUUACAAGGUGGAUCAGACCAAAUACAAACAACCCCAACCUGAGCACUCUUUACUCUUUUAUCGUGCUGAGUUUGAUAAGUCUUGAACCAGGUAAACAUAACAAUUCAAUAUUUUAACUUCUUAGUAUUAGUGUGAAUAUAAUUGGUUAUAAUUGCAAAUUAGUAAUGAGUGUAUGUGACAUAUGACCCAUAUCCACUUAAAGUGGUCGAGAUGCAUCGUCUUAGACACAUCGAGGAUAAUUUGACGUGGUUGUGCAAGGUGCCCUUGAUCUGCUGGCAUAUCAUUGAGUGGCAACUGCCGGAUCGAUCUUUGAGGCAAUAUCGAUUGGAGCAACCGAUUUCAACAUCCCCGCCUCAAUGGUUCAGUGAGCUCCAUUCCAUCAACCUACGCCACCAGUCAAAGGAUUGGAUAUGCAAGCAUGAGUUUUACAUCAAAUUUUGGGAGAAUAGAGCGACUUGGGUGGUCCAAGGGAUUCCAGAGACGAGGCCUAUGGGGUACUAGUACCACGAUGGAUAAAUGUAGUGGUACUAGAACUUCACGCUUAGAUGGGUGUCAAAGCAAGGAGCUGUGAUGGGUAGCUUGGUAUGUGAUCUCAAGUCUCCCUCUUCGUCCCAUUAUUUAUGCAGUGUGCCGGUUUAGCGAGUGGAAUGGUUUAACCGGUGGCACAUACCAGUUUGUGCCGGUUCAUGCCGGUCAAUAUUAUAAAUAAAAUUAUAAAUACACAUAUUUAACACAUGACGUUUAACGUCAAUACCUAAACAUUUAUUCUUGAAUUCAACAAAUAGCAUCAAUAUUUAACUUUUAUACUAAUAAAAUAAAUAAUAAAAUAAUUUUUAUCAAUUAAAUUCACUAAAGUAAGGUCAUUUUACUUAGAGAUUCGUAUAUCGAUCAUACCGGUGGUGUCACGCCGGUUUUAUGACCGGUAUCGGUUGAACCAGGUACAACCAAUGGCACGCCGGCCGGCGUGACAACCAUGCUCCGGAGCAACCCAAAACAGGUUUACAAGUCAAAACUAAAAAUCAACAACAACAAUGUUUAAGAUUUUCAAGUGAAAUGCCCUAAACACUUGGGCGACCUCAAUCCAGAGCAACAAAACAUAAAAUACAAUCCUUGAGUUUCCCAGUAUACUCCAUAAGAGAUGAAACUAAAGACAAAUAUAAUGGGAGGUCCUAUCUCGUUACCCAGAUCCAGUUGACAUCUUCAGGUUUGCCGCGGCUGCUCUCCUCGGGUAACCUCCUCUUGAUGGAUGCGUCCUCUUCCCCUCUCUGCACCUGGUGAGUGAGAAGGGGUCAGUCUCGUCGUUACUUCCUAAGGUCUUCACCCUAAUAAACUCCUUACUAAACACAUUAUUCGAGUUCUUGACUUAGACAAAGGCCGUUCUCGCUUUCAUCCUUUAUACUUUGUUAUCAAACAGUCUAUAAGAGAUCUCCACUCCCAUCUUAUCUUUAGAAUUUCCUUACUUAUAUUCUUAAUCCAUAGACACCAACACUAGGGACCAUCGCGUUACGUCUCGUCGUUCGGUGUCCCUACCCUAGUAUGCCAACCGCGUUACGUCUCGCCGUCCGGUUUCAUACCCAAACUCAACAAUGGCGCUGCAUUACGUCUCGCCGUCCAGUCCAUGCCCGGUCAACUACUGCGUUACGUCUCCCUGUUCAGUAGUGACCCCAACACACACGAUCAACUAUUGUGUUACGUCUCGCCGUCUAGCAGUGAUCCGACCAUCUACUGUGUCCAGUAAUGGCCCAACCGCCCGGGGGUUCAUCUUACAUUCAAACAUACAUCACAUACAUAGCACAACGCGUGCCUCCACCUUAAGUAGGCGGUGGGAUGCCUCACACACAUAAUCGCGCUUACUCAAAAAUUAACUAACAUUACUGAAAAUAAAAGCAUAAACUAAAAGACCUACG